AUCAAUAAAGUAUUAGAAGGAGCAUCUUAGACAGUGUGUUACUACCACUCCUAGAGAAAGAAACUAGCGAGAUUAAGUAAAUUAACAUUAACCUUGAAUUAAAAUAAAAAUAGAUGACGAGAUUUGGUGUCAAAGUUUAAUUUGACACAUGAUAAGUUGUAGUGAAUUAUUGAGGUUGCAGUUAAUUAUUGAUGUGUUUUGUCUGCAUAGUGCCUGCGUCUUAAUCUUAUCAUAUAUUUUCCUUUGGACUUUUCAAAGAGAUGCACGGAUAACGUUUAUGUUCAGGUGAUCUUCAGAGUUGGAAAUACUCCAGAAGAAGGAGCAUUAUUGAUUACUGUAAACCAAUUUCUGAUACUUCUAUCUCGCCCAAACUGUUGUGUGUGUGUUCUGAUUAAUAUACAUGUGCUGUAGUGUAAAUUAGGUUCUUAUCAUGACACCAACCAGCGGCGAAGGAGCUGAGAAGAUGGAUGCAGAAGAUGGUGUAAACUGCAGUGAUUAUGAGCAUGACAUAGAAAAUGAAGAUUUGUGGGAUGGGAAUGAAGAAAGUGGAGGGUACUGGUCAGGGAUAUAUGACAGAAACAAGGCUCAUACAAAGCCACUUCUUAUGAAGGGGACUAACACCACCUCCCAGAUUGCUAUUAUUGGUGCCAACCUCUGCCCUAUUGAAAGCCUUGACUAUGAGAUUUUUGACAAUGAAAUAUUGAAGAAUGACUGGAGUUCCAGGAAGAAGGUUCAGAUAAUCCAUUAUGUGAUGCUUAAGUGGGGAUUUGCUCUUCUUAUUGGAUUAGGUACUGGAUUGGUUGGCUUCUUUAACAGUUUUGCAGUUGAGAACAUAGCUGGUUUCAAGCUGUUUAUGACCACCAGUCUCAUGUCUAAACACAGAUAUCUUGAUGCUUUCUUAGCAUAUGCUGGUGCGAAUAUGUGUUUAGCAGCAGCUGCUGCUGCACUUUGUGCUUUCAUCGCUCCAGCAGCUGCAGGCUCUGGCAUUCCAGAGGUAAAAGCAUAUCUCAAUGGUGUGGAUGCUCAACAUAUAUUGGCUCCAAGCACCCUUUUUGUAAAGAUAUUUGGUUCCAUCCUUGGAGUUUCUGCUGGAUUUGUGGUGGGCAAAGAGGGGCCUAUGGUACAUACAGGUGCAUGCAUAGCUUCUUUAUUGGGGCAGGGUGGAUCUCGCAAGUAUCACUUGACUUGCACUUGGCUUAGAUAUUUCAAAAAUGACCGAGACCGGCGAGACAUGAUUACUUGUGGUGCAGCUGCUGGUGUUGCUGCUGCCUUUCGUGCACCAGUAGGUGGUGUCCUCUUUGCUCUUGAAGAGGCAGCUACAUGGUGGCGGAGUGCUCUUCUUUGGAGGACUUUUUUCACAACAGCAGUGGUUGCUAUUGUUUUAAGAGUUGCAAUUCAGUUUUGUGCCACAGGCGGGAAAUGUGGGCUAUUUGGGGAAGGUGGUCUGAUAAUGUAUGAUGUUAGUUCAGCCAAUAUAACAUAUAGUGCUAGUGGGAUAUUUGCAGUACUACUAAUGGGAGCCAUUGCUGGAAUUCUUGGAAGCAUAUAUAAUUACCUUGUGGAUAAGGUUGUUCGGACAUAUAGCAUCAUCAAUGGAAAAGGUGCAUUUUCAAAAAUCUCUCUUGUUGUCACAAUUGCUCUUUUGACAUCAUGUUGUUAUUAUUUCUUGCCAUGGAUUGCAUACUGCAUUCCCUGCCCUUCUAAUUCGACAGUGAUCUGUCCCUCUGUUGAUGAGUCUGGAGAAUACAAAAACUUUCAAUGCCCACCAGGUUACUACAAUGAUCUUGCUUCUCUGUUUCUAAACACCAAUGAUGAUGCUAUUCGCAAUCUAUUUAGCCCCAGGAUAAUCAAAGAGUUUCAUAUUACCAGUUUGUUUAUCUACUUUGCUACUAUUUACUGUCUUGGGAUAAUCACUUAUGGCAUUGCUAUUCCAUCCGGGCUCUUCAUUCCUGUGAUACUUGCUGGUGCUGCCUAUGGCCGUCUUUUCGGCCGGCUCUUCGAAACGAUCACCAAACUCGACAGAGGACUAUUUGCCCUACUUGGAGCUGCUUCCUUCCUUGGUGGCACCAUGAGAAUGACAGUGUCUAUUUGUGUCAUAUUGCUUGAGCUCACUAAUGAUCUCUUGUUACUUCCACUUGUAAUGUUGGUCUUAUUAGUCUCAAAAACUGUGGCAGACAGCUUCAACAAGGGUGUCUAUGAUCAAAUACUUAAGAUCAAAGGACUUCCUUAUUUGGAGGCUCAUGCAGAACCUUACAUGAGGAAUUUAGUAACACGCGAUGUUGUUUCAGGUCCAUUGAUAACCUUUUCUGGCAUCGAAAAGGUUGGGAAUAUAUUGCAUGCACUGCAUACUACAGGGCAUAAUGGGUUUCCUGUCAUUGAUGAACCACCUUUCUCAGAUGCACCAGAGUUAUGUGGGCUUGUACUGAGGUCUCAUUUACUAGUGUUACUGAAGGAGAAGAUCUUUUCAAGAGAUAGGGGUUUUGCGAAUCCAGUGAUCUUCCAAAGAAUUUCUACUUUGGAUUUUGGAAAGGCAGGAUCAGGAAAGGAAAUCAAACUAGAGGAUCUUGAUAUCCAAGAGGAAGAGAUAGAUAUGUAUGUUGAUCUCCAUCCAAUAACUAAUGCAUCUCCUUACACUGUGGUUGAGACAAUGUCACUUGCCAAAGCUGCUAUUCUUUUCCGCCAACAUGGACUCAGGCACAUGUGUGUUGUUCCAAAGAGCCAAGGGAGACCUCCAGUUGUUGGGAUUCUAACACGCCAUGAUUUUAUGCCAGAGCAUGUUUUGGGACUUUACCCUGAUAUCAAGCCUCACAAAUGGCAAUGAGCGAUCUCAAUGAAAAAUAUUCUUUCUUCUGUGUUGGAGUGUUGCAUUCAUUAGUUGAUCAAAGUUUUUAUAUACAGUAGAGUGCAAUUAUUAUUCAUAGAACACUUGAAGCAAAAAAUGUUGCUUAAGAAGUGACUUCUGCAUAUGGAUUUGUUAAUCUCUAUUUCAUGAAGUCAGCUUGAUACUUUCAGAUAGACACUUUUAAACACAAAAGUUAGGUACCACGGUUAGUUGAUAAUGAUCUCUUCUACAUGUUGCUUUUUUUAUUUUUUUGAAUAAAUUUGCAAGCUUAAUGAUCAA